AUGUUGCUCUUGUUCAUUUUCGUUCUUCUAGUUAAUUGGAUCUACUCUAAUACAAAUCCUAACAUUGAUUCUUAUUAUUCUAAACAUAAUAUUCCGAUAAAACGUUAUAAUGUGAAUGAUACUACUCCUGAAAAAUCAUUUUUACAAUCUCAACUAAAUCAAUCUGCAUUCUAUUUAUUACGUUCAUUUCCAACGAUAUCAACAUUUUCAAAUCGUCCAUAUCAUGUGAAACCAUGUGAAGAUCCAUUAUUAACAUUACCAUUUUUACAAGGGACUACUCUAGAAUCGAUGACUCAUUCUGAAUGUAAAUAUACGGAUUCAGAAGAUUUAUUACAAUGUAAAUUAGGUAUCUACAGUAAAUUGAAUGUAGAAAAAUACUCAUCGAAUGCUAAAGUAAUGGUAUUAUGGAUACAAGAAUAUAAACAAAAUAUGACAUUUAAUCGUGUUCUCGAUUUAUGUUUUUUAAAUGAAUUGAAAGAGCUAAAAGAAUUUGCUCUAUGUUUUUACAAACCACCUAUUGCACAAAGUUUUUCACAAAAAGAUAGAUAUAUUCUAGAUAUACCAGCAUUAGCAACCGUACUACCGAAAAUAAAAACAUUACUUAUUUCAGAUGUUUCAAUAUGGCAGUCAAUUGAAAUACGUCAAUUUGAAUAUUUGGAAAAUUUGAUUAUAUCUAGCCGUGGUGCAAUGACAUAUCAACAUUCUCCUUAUUGUGCUGAUUGUGAAAAUUUUCAUCCUCAAGCAUUUACAUCAUUUCAUUAUUUAAAACACAUGUCUAAAUUAAAAUAUUAUCUUUACCAAUCAUUGGCAUCCGUAGAUAAUUGUCAACUUGAUCUACUUCGACUACUUUACAAUAGAGAUUUUCAACGUUUGAAAGGAUUUCCACAAACUAUUGAAACUCUGGUCAUUUAUGAAUACAAUUUUAAACCUACGGAUCCUCUAUGUUCUGUUGGAAAUCAAUGUAAAAGUCGUUUUUGUCCGUUGUUAUCGAGAUGUGAAGAGUUACCGACGUACACAUGUUUUUGUUUAACGGAUUUAAAAAAAGAUACAUACGAAAAAUGUGCCGAAUUUGAAACACCCAAACCCAUUUAUUCACAACGAUGUAAACAACAAUCAACAUGGUUUAAAGAAGUGAAAUAUUUUUUAUGGAAACCAGUAAUUUGUGUUGUGGUGUAUGUAGGUGCGUCGCUACUAGUACUAAUUGGUACAACGAUAUGGGUAUAUUUUGUGUCAUCCAACAGAUGA